AUUGACUUGACGCGCGUUGGCUCAGCCUCGUCUCUGGCACUCGCACUUGUCUAUAAUGAGUUGACUCUGACUUUUAAAAUGCUGUCCGCGCUGAGGAUUCGCAGGUGUGCGCUGUCAUGUCAUUGUAUCCAAGAUUACAUUUCCAUUUUUUCGAUUUUUUAUCAUCAUCAUCAUCAUCAGACUUGUGAUAAAAAAAGCUGUUUUACUUUUUCCAUGUGCGCACAAACGUCAGGCCCUCUCUCCCCCCUCCUCCUCCUCUUAUUCCCUGCCUGCCUGCCCUCUCUGUUCCUCGGUUGUGUGUUUUCUUGAAGUGGGUUCAGGGAAGUGUUGAGGGGGCGGAUAGUUUUGAUUUUCUCUACAUCGCGUCGAGCCAAUAAUGUCGAGGGGAACUGUUGUGCACAUCUCAGCUGGCAGACAUUUAAAAGGGAGACAGUCCGGCGCUGAAGCAAUUUGUAUUACACCCCUCCAACCAACCCCCCCACCCGGCCCCUGUCUAUGGAGCGGUUAGUCUCCCACCCAUCCACAGUCCCGCCAGUGUACAGUCGACGGCAGUAGGUGCCCAUCACCUAAGGAAGGUGCCUCCGAGGACUGACAGGAUCACAUCACGGUGCUUGUUGCAUUCGAACGCGAUGGCCAACUCGGCGCGUAUCUUCUGCGGAAUGGUUCUCAUCAUGGGGCUGCUUUCCUCUCCCGUGGACUCAAAAAGAAACCGGGGUUCACAAGGCGCCAUUCCUCAUCCUGACAAAAGCAACCCAAACGAAUCGGAGCAGCAACCGCAGCCUCCACAGGCGGGCUCCGGGUCCCGGCAGAGGCAGGGGUCGUCCUCGCCGGCCGACGAGGUGCUGGAGUCCAGCCAGGAAGCUUUGCAUGUCACGGAGCGGCAGUAUUUGAAACGGGACUGGUGCAAGACGCAGCCGCUCAAGCAGACCAUCCACGAGGAAGGCUGCGUCAGCCGCACCAUCAUCAACCGCUUCUGCUACGGACAGUGCAACUCCUUCUACAUCCCCAGGCACAUCCGCAGGGAGGAGGGCGCCUUCCAGUCCUGCUCGUUUUGCAAGCCCAAGCGUUUCACCACCAUGACUUUCACUUUGAGCUGUCCGGACCAGCAGCCGCCCACCAAGAAGAAGCGCAUCCAGCGCGUCAAACAGUGCCGCUGUAUAUCCAUAGACCUGGACUAAAACACACACACACACACACACACACACACAGCUGUGUCGUGUUGUGUUGCGCGCGCCAAGACAACACGUGUCUUAUCUUAGGGUCUCCACCUUGGGGAAGUAGGAUGACUUUUUAGGCUGCUUACAUCGACUGUGAUCGUCUUCUUGCACAGCGCGUGAAUAACACAUGGACAUGCAACUCGUGAUGAACUUUUUUUUUUUUUUUCUCGUUGCCAAGUUUGAAAAUAUCACUGCAUCACUGCAUCACUGCACGGGAACGCGGACUUGGAAUGGGCAGGUUUUACGCACGGCUUCCUCUCCCCCAGUGAGACUUCUUAUACACACACAGGCCCCGGUUUAUUUAACAAGUCACUGCUCUAAACACUCGUUUGGACAGGAACACAUCCCUGUACCGUUUUUUUUUUGUUUUUUUUUCUUAAUGAUGCGUUUAUAUUUCUUUGUUUAACUGGUUGUUUCCACUGUGUGGAAUUUGAUGGACGAGUGGCGAUUAUUUGUAAAUGGAAAAAUGUGAUUUUUAUUCCGCUAUUGCUUUAAGAGUCCACCAGUGAAGAUCUUUCAUCCUGCCUACUCAAAUGUAGACACUAGGCUUCUUCUUUCUGGACUAUGUACAGUGGUUUAUACAAUAUUGAGAUUAAAUAGUUGUGGAAUGUAAAAA